UCUGCUCAUUAACCCUUAGUAGACCAUAUUCAGAUUUUAUAUUUUCUGGAGUUGUCCAAUUCCAUUUUGAUUCAAGUCAGAAUUUUAGGGCUUCGUUUUAUGAAUUCAGAGACUUCCAAGUCUCAAAGGACAUGUGUGAUGGUGGAUGAAAAACAUGGCCAACAUAUUCACAAACACACUUGCAGCCCCACUCUCCCCUGCGUGAUGUGAGGCCCUUGAGAGCCCGUGGACGUGGGAUGGCUGGGCAAGGCUUUGUAAGGACCGUGGUGCUGAUUUUCUGCAGCCUGAAGCUCUUAGGAAUGGUUUCUAUGGAGACAGGAUUGUCACUUGAAGUCUCUGGGCGUGUGAAACGCGGCUGGGUGUGGAACCAGUUUUUUGUGGUGGAAGAAUACACAGGGACAGAACCACUCUAUGUGGGAAAGAUUCACUCUGAUUCGGAUGAAGGGGACGGAUCAAUUAAAUACACAAUCUCUGGUGAAGGUGCUGGAUCCAUCUUUAUCAUUGAUGAGCUAACGGGAGACAUACAUGCCACUGAGCGUUUAGAUCGGGAGUACAAGACAUUUUACACACUGCGUGCUCAGGCACGAGAUCGACACACAGACAGGCUGCUGGAGCCAGAGUCUGAAUUUAUUAUCAAGGUACAGGAUAUCAAUGACAGCGAGCCACGCUUCCUACAGGCACCAUAUAUUGGGAGUGUUCCCGAGCUGUCACCUGUGGGCACAUCUGUGAUGGUGGUAUCUGCAUGGGAUGCUGAUGAUCCAGCAUAUGGGAGCAGCGCAAGAGUUGUAUACAGUGUACUGGAGGGAGAGAAGCAUUUCACUGUUGACAGUAAAACAGGUGUUAUCCGCACAGCAGUCUCAGACCUUGACAGGGAGUCUCAGGACCGAUAUGACCUUGUGAUCCAGGCCACUGAUAUGGCGGGUCAGUUGGGAGGACUCUCUGGGUCAACUACCGUUACCAUUGUGAUCACUGAUGUUAAUGACAACCCCCCCAGAUUUCCUCAAAAUACAAUGUACUGUACCGUGAUAGAGUCUGCUCCCCCAGGCUCUGUAAUUGGCCGACUGAAAGCUGAAGAUGCAGAUGUUGGAGAGAAUACAGAUAUGUUCUACCAGAUUCAACAGCAAGAGAUGGCUACCUUUUUCAGUGUUACUACAGACAGUGUUACACAGGAAGCAGUGCUGAGCCUACUGCAGUCUCUGGAUUUUGAAUCUCAAAAAGAACAUUCACUGGUGUUGGAGGCUCAGAAUCGCUUUGUGGACCCUCGUUUCACAGAUCUGGGCACAUUUCGGGAUCAAGCAAUAGUUAAGGUGUCAGUUAUUGAUGUAGACGAACCACCCACGUUUCACCCACUGGACAAAGUUAUAGAAGUGCCAGAAGAUGCCCACAUUGGGACUGUAAUUGGAGCAAUAACAGCAAGUGACCCAGAUAAUGCCAGUAAUCCUAUCAGAUAUACAUUUGACAAAAGCUCGGAUGAUGGAAUUUUUGAGAUUGACUAUGAAUCUGGUGAAAUAAAGAUCAUAAAAUCCCUGGAUCGUGAGACCUCAGGGUGGCACAAUCUGACAGUGCAGGCAAAGGAAGCAGGUGAUCCACUAAAGUCUUCAGUUCUUUCUCUUCGCAUUCGGAUUCUGGAUGUGAAUGAUAACCCUCCUGAAUUGGCUACGCCACAUGAAUCUUCUGUAUGUGAAGAUGCGCUGCCUGGACAGUUGAUUCAGACAAUCAGUGUUGUGGAUCGAGAUGAGCCAAUGGGGGGACAUCGAUUCUACUUCAGACUUGCACCCGAGUCCAGUGCGGAGCAUCACUUCACUUUGCUCAAUAUCAAGGAUGACACGGCGUCAGUGCAUACCCACAGACUGCCGUUUGACAGGAGGGAGCAGGACAUGUUCAUUCUUCCAAUUCUGGUUGUGGAUGGUGGGACCCCUGCUUUGAGCAGCACAGGGACCCUGACCAUUCGAGUAUGUGGAUGUGACAGCUCAGGAGCUGUACAGUCUUGUAACACCACUGCCUAUGUGAUGGCCGGCAGCCUGAGCCCCGGGGCACUAAUAGCUCUUCUGGUGUGUGUCCUCAUUCUUGUCGUGUUGAUCCUACUUAUCCUGGCACUGAAGAGACAUCAUCAGGGUCACCUGACAUCAGAUGAAGAUGAAGACAUGAGGGACAAUGUUAUUAAGUACAACGAUGAGGGAGGGGGAGAGCAGGACACUGAAGCAUAUGACAUGUCUGCCCUACGCAGCUUGUACAACUUCAAUGAGGGUAGUGAGGCUGGAGGGGAUGGUACUCUCCCAUCCCAACGUCACCCACUUCCCCAGUGGUUUCCAGGGGCUGAGCUGGACUUCUCACUCUUCAGGGAUUAUAUCAGCAGGAAGGUGAGGCUUGCGGAUCAGGACUCAUCAGUGCCUCCAUAUGACUCCUUCCAGACUUAUGCCUUUGAGGGCUCAGGCUCCAGUGCUGCCUCUCUCAGCUCAAUUAGUAGCUGGUCCACAGGCUCAGAGCAAGACUUUUCACAGCUUGGCUCUUGGGGACCUCGGUUCCGUCAGUUAGCUUCUCUGUAUGCUGGACAAAGGGUACAAGAAGAAAACCAGGGGUCCUAGCCCCUACACUCCCCUAUUUAUCAGGGUAACAAGACACAACCUUAUACUAUCACUUUAAGGGAAGAAAUGCUCCCUGUAUACUACAUAUCAGUGUCUGAUCAUAAUAGCAUAUCACUCUUGUUUCUCUUUAGUCUGUACUCCAAUACAAUAUCCAUUCAUUCUAUUACUCCCGUUAUUGCAAUUACUCAUCAUAUAUUAAUUUUAUUACCUGACCAUACUGAUAUCAUUAUGUCAAAAACCCAAAUGAUAUGCACAGCCAUUGUCAAUAUGCAUCGUUUUGCAUUUCACUUUACUCCAGCACCCCCAGCAUUAUUAUAUACACAUAUAAUCAAUGAACAUGCCAUGUCCUUCAAGUUUUUGCUACACCUCUUUCUGUAAUGAUACAGCCUGUUUUCACUUGUUGGAAUUUUUCCUCCUUCCAGGGGAGUUUUCAUGUCUAACCACAGCUGCGUAUUACAGGGUAACCCCGGGGGAUUGGUUCUUUAUCCUCAUGAGGGUAUAUCUGAAGUAUUAGGUGUUGUUAACCUUGUAAAUAGAAGCAACAAAUGAUUUCUUGGAAUGACAGACUCUGAGGUCAACGUCUGACCAGUAUGGAUAUAACACCUCCCACAAUGCACUUCAGCAGCUACCAGAGGCAAUGUUGUUAAAUUAUCAGAAUUCUUCAGAGGACAAUAAAAUUAUGCUUCUUCUAA